AUGCAUAUGCGCAAGAACUCGCCCAUCGCCAUGGUGUCUUCUUGCACAGAGCCCAGCGCCAUGCUCGACCCGGCAGACGUCCCUCGAACGCCCCGACUGGCGCACGCCACAAUCAAGCCGUCCCCUUCUCCCCCAAUCACCAAGGAAUGGACCACAGGUAUAUCCCGCUCCUCUAGCGCCACAGAGCUCUAUCGUCGAUCAUCGCUAUCCCCAGAUUACAGCUAUACGUUCACGCCACCGACCAGCAAUGGACGAGGCAAGGCUCCCGUACAUGGGAAAGCGGCGCAGCCAUACACUACUGUGCACCGUAGCGGGACGCCACCACCAUCACGCUCAAGACAAGGAUCUCCUCACAGCCGCCUAUACAACAUCUAUUCAGUCCCGGAAGACAAUAAUGAAGUUAUAUACAUGACGGGUAACCGGGCGCCACUGAUCACCGCCGAUCUAUAUCGCGAAUUAUCAAGCAUAAGAGAGCCAUCUCCCAGGCCACGCCCACAAGUGUCGCGCCCGCAAGUAUUGAGUGCACGCCCGCAAGUCACACGCCCGCAAGUCACACGCCCGGAAGUCGCACGCCCGCCCGCCUUGAGUUCACGUCGCGCGGAAAGCGUCCUUCAUCGGGAUGUUGCGCAAGAGGCUGUAGUCAUAUAUGAGACAACGCGCAAGGCCUCCACGCCGCCGGUGCCAGACAAGCUUUCAGACAAGGAUUAUACUCAAGGCUCUCCUUCGCAAUCUCAAGAAGACAAUAAGCAGUUGUCAUGGCCCCCGGCGCUGUCGCAGCAAGACAAGCCCGCAUCAGUCGCUACGAAUGAAGCAGCGGAAGUGAAGGAGCAACUCAAGUCCUGGCACCCUGGCAAGCCGUUCCCCUCACCACCCGGCCUCUGCCUCAGCCACGCACCGCGCAAACAAGGAAUCUAUGACAACGAAGGCAUAACGCUGUCGCAACCCUGGCCAUCUCCAAUCGUCGGCGCCAACGCAAGCCCCGGCAGCGACAAAGCUGCGGAUGACGCAUCUGACAAGGCUUGCGACGAUGAAGACAAGGAAAACAUGCAAACGGACGAUAUUGUGGAAUGGGUCCAGCUGCAGAGAGCCAUCUCUGCAGCGACAACUGUGCCCGUCGUGCCCGCUGUGUCCGUCACGCCCGCCUUGCCCGUCGUGUCUGUCGACGCCGACGCAGCCCCGCCUAUCCAUCGGAGGCUACCACCUGGCGUUUGGAACGCGCCCAGGAUGCCGUCGCGCCUGACACUGGAAGAGAUGGAGCGGCCCAGAGGUGGCUACUGGCCUCCGCGCAACCACAAAGGCGUACCAUGGCGGUCCUAUGCCACGAAGCUGUCAAUGCUCGAGUCGGAGCGCUUGAAUGAUAAGUGCAUCGAGGGGACAUGUGGGCCAUGCUGGAGGUGUGCACAUGCAUCGGAGCCAUGGCUGCGAAUGUACUGGUGGUGGGGUUACCUCGCUAAGCACCAUCCGGAGCUAGCUGAGAGGAGGGAGCAGCGGGAAAAGGUCAAGGGGUCGGACUGCGAUACAGGUAUUCAGGACAAGGCUUUCUAG